CAGAUAAAAACACUUAUGUCUGCCUCUAUAUCGCUGCAUCUCUGCUCUCUCACCCUGCCUCCUCCAGUGUUGGCCUUCAAUAUGACGACUGCACAGUUCUUCUUAGGGGCUUCCCUCUUUGUUUUGCUGAUUUUGGACAUAUGCUGCUUCCCUGCUCAGAAAGCUUCUAAUCCCAGUGCGUCCUAUGGCAGCAGUUACACAAAUGUUGCUCCUGGUUUUGGCUCUAACCAGGGUGCACCUUCCAGCCAGAACUCACCUGGAGUAAUGGCUAACGUUGCUUCCUCUGCAGUCUACACACCAUUUUAUCUCCCUGUGCCACAACCAGAGUCCAGUGCCUCUCAGCCUGCUGUUCAGAGAGGGCCAGAAGCAUCAGGUAGCUCCAGUGCUUCUAGACCAGUUCAGUCAGGAUACAGGAGCAGAGCAGCAACAGGAAAUCCUGUCGGCUCAACACAGCUAGGAGCUGCUUUUCAACCUGGCCCACCGCAAGAUAUGAACUGGGUUGUUGCCUCUCCAAUUUUCUCUGGAGCUGAGGAAAUGCCAGCUGUUGGGUCCAGUGGCAUUGGGUUUGUGAGUCCACCUCUUCAACCAGACUACCAGGCAGGAGAGUUGUCCCAUUAUGAAAACAGCCGUGAAAAUGGUGACUACCAGAUGGAGACAGAGGAACAAGGCUACCUGCCACCACCUCCUCUGCUCAUGUCUGCUGGACCAAGCUUCACCAGUCCACCUUGGCCACAGCCUGACUUUCGCAGAAGCUGGACCAUUUAUCCUUACUACGACUACAUGUUCCUGACUGGCCAAUAUCCACCAGGCACAUUCAGUCACUCCAGCAGCAGCUUCGAGCAGGGAACAGACCACUGGCAAGAUGCUCACUAUGUGAGAGAAUAUCCUCCCUACAACACUGGUCCUUCAGAGCAGGUUUCCCCUGAAGUCCCUCAGCCCUCUGACGAUAAACGACCCCCUGUGAGUGGAUAUGGACAUGGUGGUGCAGCAGCAGUUAACCAACCUUCUUCCCAUGGAACUGCCAUGCAACCAACUCUCAGCCAAGCAGGUGGUUAUAGAGGUUAUAACUCAGCCAAGGUUGGCCAAUAAGUGGGGGAUCCCUCCAGCGUGACAGCAUCUCUGAACUCAAUAAAGACCUUGACAAAUA